GGAAGGCCGGGUCGAAUGGUAAACAGUGGAGUGAAGGGAUGCAAAGAGAAGAGAGUGGACUGGCUAAAUGCAGACAACAUGCGCGGUUCUUUAUAAAUGAAUGAUCGUACCAGAUUGUAUUGCAUUUGAAUUAGGCCUAUGUGUAAAAAAGAAAAAAAAAGACAACAAUAUUCGUGGAAGUGUAAACUGUAAUAAUAAUAAUAAUAAUAAUAAUAAUAAUAUCUACACCACAACUCUGCUGUGUCAGCCUGGUACUUCCUUUCUGUUUGGACUGACUUCCCAGACUCCCAGGGCCCUUCUUUCAGUAAGAUCAUGUUAUACAGUUUUGCUCUGAGUUGCAAGUUGAAAGCAGCCGCGGGGAGCUUGCAGUCAAGAUUCUGUCCACGCUUCUCCAGAGCUGCAUCACAGACUAAAUAUUUACCUGUGAUCUGUUCAUCAUUCAAAAGCACUGCUGUACGGCAUUGGAGUAACAUUCCUUUUAUUACAGUCCCCCUGAGUCGGACCCAUGGUAAGUCGUUUGUUCACCGCAGUGAAUUGAAACAUGCCAAGAGGAUUGUGGUGAAGCUUGGUAGUGCUGUGGUGACCCGCGGAGAUGAGUGUGGGCUUGCACUUGGACGGCUGGCAUCCAUUGUUGAGCAGGUGUCUGUUCUACAGAACCAGGGAAGAGAGAUGAUGAUAGUCACAAGUGGUGCUGUUGCUUUUGGUAAACAGCGUUUGAGACAUGAAAUCCUGCUUUCACAAAGUGUGAGACAGGCCCUCCAUUCUGGGCAAAACCAGCUGAAAGAAAUGUCAGUCCCUGUGCUAGAGGCCCGUGCCUGUGCUGCAGCAGGACAGAGUGGACUGAUGGCCCUCUAUGAAGCAAUGUUCACACAGUACACUAUAUGUGCAGCACAAAUUCUUGUUACAAACCUGGAUUUCCACGAUGAUCAGAAGCGGAGGAACUUGAAUAGUACUCUCCAUGAGCUGCUGAGAAUGAACAUUGUUCCAAUCAUUAACACAAACGAUGCAGUAGUUCCCCCACCUGAACCAAAUAGUGAUCUCCAGGGGGUAAAUGUGAUCAGCAUUAAGGAUAAUGACAGUUUGGCUGCACGUUUAGCUGUGGAGAUGAAAGCAGACCUUCUCAUUGCAUUGUCGGAUGUUGAAGGUCUCUAUGACCUCCCACCAGAAUCAGACGAUGCUAAGCUUAUCGAUAUUUUUUACCCGGGUGACCAGCAGUCCAUAACUUUUGGAACAAAGUCCAGAGUUGGGAUUGGAGGAAUGGAAGCUAAGGUGAAAUCUGCACUCUGGGCUCUGCAGGGAGGCACUUCUGUUGUUAUUGCCAAUGGAACAGAUCCUAAAGUAACUGGACAUGUCAUCACCGACAUUGUGGAGGGAAAGAAAGUGGGAACCUUCUUCUCGGAGGUCAAACCUGCCGGCCCCACCGUGGAGCAGCAGGCUGAAAUGGCUCGCAGUGGAGGAAGGACUCUAUCUUCUUUGCUGCCACAGCAGAGAGCUGAGAUUAUCUGUCACCUGGCUGAUCUUCUGACUGACCAGAGGGAGGAUAUUCUUGCAGCUAACAAGAAAGACCUGGAGGUUGCUGUCAGCGGAGGUCGGUUGUCUCAACCCCUGCUGAAACGAUUAAGUCUCUCUCCUUCAAAGUUAAACAGCCUGUCCAUUGGGCUGCGUCAGAUUGCAGUGUCCUCUCGGGAUAGCGUGGGGAGAGUGAUACGCCGCACACGUAUUGCUAACAAUCUGGAGCUGGAGCAGAUAACUGUCCCCAUCGGGGUUCUGCUGGUGAUCUUCGAGUCACGUCCAGACUGCCUCCCGCAGGUCUCAGCAUUGGCUAUUGCGAGUGGAAAUGCCUUACUGCUCAAAGGAGGAAAAGAAGCAUCAAACACCAACCAGAUUUUGCACCGAUUAACGCAGGAAGCCCUUUCUGUCCAUGGAGUCAAGGAUGCUGUACAGCUAGUGAGCACCCGUGAAGAGGUGGAAGAUCUUUGCCGCUUGAAUCAGCUGAUUGAUUUAAUAAUCCCAAGGGGUUCCUCCCAUCUUGUGAGAGACAUCCAGAGAGCAGCAAAGGGAAUGCCGGUCCUGGGGCACAGUGAGGGAGUCUGCCACGUGUACAUCGACCAAGAAGCCAGCAUUGAAAAAGUGAUCAAUAUCAUAAGGGAUUCCAAGUGUGAUUACCCAGCUGCCUGCAAUGCUAUGGAAACACUGCUGGUGCACAGAGAUCUGAUGAGAAGCCCUCUUUUUGACCAGAUAAUUGACAUGCUUAGGGUGGAACAGGUUAAAAUCCACGCUGGACCAAAGUUUGCCUCAUACUUGACAUUUAGUCCCUCUGAAGUGAAGUCCUUGCGCACAGAGUAUGGUGACCUGGAGUGUUGCAUUGAAGUAGUGGACAGUGUGCAGGAUGCUAUCGAUCACAUUCACAAGUACGGCAGCUCACACACGGACGUCAUUGUUACAGAGAAUGAGGAGACAGCCGAGUAUUUUCUGCAGCAUCUGGACAGCGCCUGUGUUUUCUGGAACUCAAGCUCGCGUUUCUCAGAUGGAUAUCGUUUUGGCUUAGGAGCGGAGGUGGGCAUCAGUACAGCUCGUAUCCAUGCACGUGGACCAGUGGGACUCGAGGGGCUUCUGACCACCAAGUGGGUUCUGCGUGGGGAUGGGCACACCGUUGCUGAUUUUUCAGAACAAGGAAGCAUGAAAUACCUUCACGAGAACAUCGCCGUGACACACAGAACAUCCUCUUAACUAUUUUCAAAGAACUGAAAAGGAAUUCAGAAAAGUACAGCAGGGAUAUUGUUUACAGCAUUGAUGUAAACUCUUGCAUCCUAACCAUGAGUCUUGAUGAAAAUCGAACAAAUCCCUAUGAGAAUGUUCUUACUUGGGUAUUGCUCGGAUUAUUUAAAAAGGCAUUCAGUUAGUGUGAAUCAGAGCUAAAGUUCUGAAACUGUAUUUCUUUGGACACCUUUUCCUGUGUUGCUGUUUCUGGAUUAUGUGUCUUUGUUUUCUGCUUCCUUGUCAGUACAUAUGCUUUUGAAAAGGGUAAUGUAACAUUCCAGAGUUGUCAUUUUGAAUGUAAAACAGCAUGAGAAAGAAAUACUGUUUUUGUAGGAGAUUGUUUCGGAAUAAAGUUUUGCUGAACUUUGGUGAAUUAUUAUUGCUUC